UAAUCAGCGUAGUUCGAACCUCCCGACUGUCACUCGCCUUGAAUCUUGGAAUCUUACGCUCCCUCUCCUCUGCGAAUUCGAUCAACGAAGCAGAGCAAUAAAAGUCAAAGAACGAAAAAAGGACAUCGCUCGAUCAACGAAACAGAGCAAUAAAAGUAAAAUAAAAGAAAAGGACAUCGCUCGAUCAAUCGUGGAUCAUGGCGAUGUUCCCUUUGCUCUCCCCGCAUCUCCGGCGAUCUCUCUCCUCCUCCCUUCUCCGGCGACUGCGCCGCCGCAGCUCCGCCGCCUCUGCCGCUGCCGCCAUGGACGCGCCGUCGAGGUCGUUCACCACCACCGAGGUCUCCCGCCCCAACAUCGUCCAAAAGCGGAGCCUCGACAUCCUCCACGAUCCCUGGUUCAACAAGGGCACGGCGUUCUCGAUGACGGAGAGGGACCGCCUCGAUCUGCGGGGGCUGCUCCCGCCUAGUGUGAUGACGCCGCAGCAGCAGAUCGAUCGAUUCAUGAUGGACUUGAAAAGGCUGCAAGUAAAUGCAAGAGCUGGACGAUUUGACACAAAUGCUCUGGCCAAGUGGCGCAUCCUCAACAGGUUACAUGACAGAAACGAAACUAUGUACUACAAGAUCUUAGUUGAAAACAUUGAAGAGUAUGCGCCUAUAGUUUACACGCCCACUGUUGGCCUUGUUUGCCAGAACUACAGUGGAUUAUUUCGACGACCAAGGGGAAUGUACUUUAGUGCAGAAGAUCGUGGGGAAAUGAUGUCAAUGGUUUACAAUUGGCCAGCUGAUCAGGUGGACAUGAUAGUGGUAACGGACGGAAGCAGGAUAUUGGGCCUUGGUGAUCUUGGGGUUCAGGGUAUUGGCAUAGCGAUUGGGAAGUUGGAUCUAUAUGUUGCUGCUGCUGGAAUAAAUCCCCAAAGGGUGCUUCCUGUGAUGAUUGAUGUUGGAACUAACAAUGAGAAACUACUUAAAGAUCCUCUUUAUCUGGGACUUCAAGAACAUCGACUUGAUGGUGAAGAAUAUCUAUCUGUUAUUGAUGAAUUUAUGGAAUCUGUCUUCACCCGUUGGCCCAAUGUCAUUGUACAGUUCGAAGAUUUCCAAAGCAAGUGGGCAUUGAAAUUGCUGAAGAGAUAUAGAAAUACUUAUCGCAUGUUUAACGAUGAUGUCCAGGGAACUGCUGGUGUUGCAAUAGCUGGGCUCUUAGGAGCAGUAAGGGCACAAGGAAGGCCAAUGAUAGACUUUCCGAAGCAAAAAAUUGUUGUUGCUGGUGCUGGAAGCGCCGGAAUAGGAGUGGUAAAUGCUGCAAGUAAAACCAUGGCAAGAAUGCUGGGAAACAAUGAGUCCGCUUUUGAGAGUGCUAGGAGCCAGUUCUGGGUGGUUGAUGCCAACGGUUUAAUAACAGAAUGUCGUGAAAAUAUUGAUCAAGACAUAAAACCAUUUGCCAAAAAGCUCAAAGAAGUGAGCCACCAAGGUCUAAGUGAAGGAGCAAGCUUAGUUGAAGUGGUUAAAAAAGUAAAGCCUGAUGUUCUACUUGGAUUAUCUGCAGUUGGCGGCUUGUUCUCGAAUGAGGUUUUGGAAGCCCUUAAGGACUCAACAUCUUCUAGGCCAGCAGUUUUUGCAAUGUCAAAUCCUACCAAAAAUGCUGAAUGCACACCUGUGGAAGCAUUUUCCAUUCUGGGUGAGAAUAUCAUUUUCGCUAGCGGAAGCCCAUUUAAUGACGUGAAUCUUGGAGAUGGUAAGAUUGGACACAGUAACCAAGGGAACAACAUGUAUCUUUUUCCAGGGAUAGGUCUUGGUACUCUUUUAUCCGGUGCACGGGUUAUCUCUGAUGGCAUGCUUCAGGUUGCUUCUGAAUGCCUAGCUGCAUAUAUGAAAGAAGAGGAAGUUCUGAAAGGGAUAAUAUAUCCUCCAAUAUCCAGUAUCCGAGACAUUACGAAGGAGGUGGCUGCAGCAGUAGUCAGAGAAGCAGUAGCAGAGGAUCUAGCAGAAGGGUAUCGUGACAUGGAUGCACGGGAGCUUCGAAGACUCACUCAGGAGGAGAUUGUUGCUUAUGUCAAGAACAACAUGUGGGAUCCAGUGUAUCCAACCUUGGUGUACAGAAAGGAAUAGAGCUAUAUCAAUAUACAUUGCUACUGUAAUCAGAGAUUUUGCAUGCAGGUCUCUUGGGAAAAGCUGGCGCAUAUUUAUGAUCCAAGCCAUUUGUUGAAGGCAGUUUGAAGGAACAUGCACUUAAAAAAUAAAAAAUAAUUCAUACGUCUUCAUCAACAAAAGUUUCCCUUUUCAUUUUCAUUUUAUUUUUCUGUUGUAGAAUUAAUUUUCAAAUUGUUUCUUUUUUUUUUUUUUCCGUGUUGUGCUUACUGCUAUAUUUUUCUAACCACGAGUUUUUUGCAUCAUGCUUUUUUAAUCAUAAGUGAUUGUAAAUUUGAAGAAGUCACAAAAAAUUAUAAGAUGCAAUGCAA